AUGCCCCGUCACCUCUUCCCCACUCUCCUUCAAUAUUUAUUUUUUCAGAAUUCUUUGCUGUCCCAAGCUGUGCUUCUAUCUAUACAUAUCGCAGUUUGUUCAUACAUAUCAAUCUAUCUAAUUCUAUUCGUAUCUAUCUAUCUCAGUCUGUUCAUAUCUAUCUAUCUAUUUCUGGCUGUUCGUAUCUGUCUAUUUAUUCAUCGCUAUCUCAAUUUUUACAUAUCUAUCUAUUUAUCUAUAUAUGUAAUUAUCUCAAUUUGUUUAUACAUAUCUAAUUCUAUUUGUAUCUAUCUGUCUGUCUAUCUAUCUAUCACAGUCUGUUCACAUUUAUCUAUUUCAAUAUGUUCAUAUCUAUCUGUCUGUUUAUAUCUACCUUUCUAUCUAUCUUUGUUCAUACCUAUCGAUCUAUUUAAUUCUAUUCGUAUCUAUCUAUCUCUAUCUAUCUAUCUAUCUAUCUAUAUCUAUCUAUCUAUCUAUGCCUACUGUUUCUAUCUAUCUAUCCAUUUCAAUCGGUUUAGAUCUAUCAUUUACUUUCUGCUUCUUUCUUUCAUUCCUUCUCUCUUUCUCUCUCUCUCUCUUUCUCUCUCUCUCUCUCUCUCUCUCUCUCUCUCUCUCUUACUCUCAUUUCUUUUUCUCAUAAUCACAUUCUCUUUCUCCAUUUCUUUUUUUAUACCCACUUUAUUUCCCUCUCUUUCGUUUUCUUUAUACCCAUCUCUCUCUUUCUUUCUUUCUUUCUUUCUUUCUUUCUUUCUUUCUUUCUUUCUUUCUUCUAUUUCACUGGAGCAGAUGAUAAGUACCCGACAGCUUCUUUCUUUUCUUUUCUUUCUUUUCUUUCUUUCUUUCUUUCUUUCUUUCUUUCUUUCUUCUAUUUCACUGGAGCAGACGAUAAGUACCCGACAGCUUCUUUCUUUCUUUCUUUCUUUCUUUCUUUCUUCUAUUUCACUUGAGCAGACGAUAACAAACGAUAAGUACCCGAUAGCUUCUUUCUUUCUUUCUUUCUUUCUUUCUUUCUUUCUUUCUUUCUUCUAUUUCACUGGGGCAGACGAUAAGUACCCGAUAGCUUCUUUCUUUCUUUCUUUCUUUCUUUCUUUCUUUCUUUCUUUCUUUCUUUCUUUCUUCUAUUUCACUGGAGCAGACGAUAAGUACCCGAUAGCUUCUUUCUUUCUUUCUUUCUUUCUUUCUUUCUUUCUUUCUUUCUUUCUUUCUUCUAUUUCACUGGAGCAGACGAUAACAGACGAUAAGUACCCGAUAGCUUCUUUCUUUCUUUCAUUCUUUCUUUCUUUCUUUCUUUCUUUCUUUCUUCACUCUCUCUCAUUCUUUCUUCUUCUAUCUCUUGCCCAUUUUCACUCACUCUUUCCAUUUUAA